CACUUCCUGUAUAGCUAAAUGGAAACAGCCGUAGAUACGGUCUCCUUACUGUGCUGAUGAGAUUAUGCUGAGCUAGUAUGUAGGUUACUGUUACAUAUUUGAAACAUGCUAGCUUGUUUCAUCAUGUUAGAAAAGGGAAGCGACAGGCUAUCUUUGUAGUCUUAUUCUCUAGUUAGAAGAUUAUUAUGGAAAUGAAAACUGCAAUAUUUCUUUGAGGAUAUGGUUCAUGGGCUGAUAUUGUAUUUUUUUCUGGAGGAAAUAGAUGAACAGAGGAACCAAACAAGGUCAAAAGGUUUUCCACGAUUACCCGGGAUUCAAUGGAGCUUAAUCACAAAGUUUUGAUUGUAAUCUAAAUUUGUCAUGAAAAAUUACACAUUUCUUGAUUUUGUUUUCUGUCCAGGAACAUUUCUUCUGUGCAUCCAACAUAUCCAGUUUCUAAGGUUCAGUCAUCAUGACUAAGCCAUUCCAUGUCUUAUCCACUAUGACAAUGUUGUCACUGCAGUGCAGAGUGAGGGACAGCAUUAUUUACCCAUGUGAUUGUGAGCAGUGCACGCCCUUCGUCAUGGAAACCUUUCGCUCUCCAACUCAAUCCGCGAUCAAUGAAAUUAUGCACGGCGUGUGUUAUGGAUAUGGUUUGAGCUCUCAAUUCUCACUCCUUUUACAAAUAGAGGUAAAGUAGUCUGUCUGCCUAUUGUGACCCAACCUGGAUGACGCAUUUGGAGUUUGGCUUUUAACUUUGAAUAAUGACAUUAAAGCAGCAAUACUGCAAGUGUGUUCAUGUGGAGAACCAGGAGCAGUACAUACAGUUUCUGGAGAAGUUUGGGGACAACUGCGUGGUCAGGGAUGACGCAGAGGUGGGCUCCACCUUCCUCAAGUUCGCAGGCUUUACCAAGGAGCUCACGUCUCUCUUUAAGAACCUGUUACAAAACAUGACCAACAUCAUCAACUUCCCCCUGGACAGUUUGUUGAAGGGAGACCUGAAAGGCGUUAAAGGGGAUCUGAAGAAGCCUUUCGACAAAGCCUGGAAAGAUUACGAGACUAAAUUAACUAAGAUAGAGAAGGAGAAGAAGGAGCACGCCAAGCAGCAUGGGAUGAUCCGCACCGAGUUCAGCGGUGGAGAGAUAGCGGAGGAGAUGGAGAAGGAGCGACGCAUCUUCCAGCUGCAGAUGUGUGAGUAUCUGCUCAAGGUGAACGAGAUCAAAGUGAAGAAGGGGGCCGAUUUCCUACAGACCCUUAUCAAGUAUUUCCACGCCCAGUGCAAUUUCUUCCAGGACGGACUGAAGGCUGUGGAGUCCAUGAAACCGGCUGUAGAGAAGCUAGUUACCGACCUGAGCACAAUCAAGCAGAGUCAAGAUGGAGAGCGAAAGCAGCUGGCCCAGCUCCGAGACGUCCUGAAGAACUCGCUUCAGUCCGACCAGAAGGAGGAGGGCCAGGGUAAACAGAAUGCAGGGUAUAGUCUUCACCAGCUGCAGGGCAACAAGGCCUAUGGGACAGAGCACUCAGGUUUUCUGUACAAGAAGAGUGAGGGACUGAGGAAGGUGUGGCAGAAGAGGAAAUGUUCAGUGAAUAAUGGUUAUCUCACCAUUAGCCAUGGAACGCCAAUCUGCGAAUCAGGAAAGAGGAAGAGAAAGAGCAGGAGAAGAAGGAGCAUGAGGAAAAAGAUGGCUGAGAAAUGGCCUAACGCCACCCCGGCCAAACUCAACCUCCUCACCUGCCAGGUCAAGAGAAACCCAGAGGAGAAGAAGAGCUUCGACCUGUUCUCACAUGACAGGACCUACCACUUCCAGACGGAGGAAGAGGCUGAUUGUCAGAUAUGGAUCUCGGUGCUGCAGAACAGCAAGGAGGAGGCCCUGAACAAGGCCUUCAAGGGGGUCCAGGACGAGGGCGGCGAGAACAACAUCGUGCAGGCGCUGACCAAGGCCAUCGUGGUGGAGGUGAAGAGGAUGAGCGGGAACGACUGCUGCUGCGACUGCGGAGCGCCCAGCCCCACCUGGCUCUCCACCAACCUGGGAGUCCUGAUCUGCAUCGAGUGCUCGGGGAUCCACCGGGAGAUGGGGGUCCACUACUCCAGGAUCCAGUCCCUGGACCUGGACCUCCUGGGAACCUCAGAGCUCUUGCUGGCGAAGAAUGUGGGCAACGCAAACUUCAACGACAUCAUGGAGACGGAGCUGUCAGCGCUGGACGUGACCAAGCCCAACCCCUCCAGCGACAUGCAGACCAGGAAGGACUACAUCACGGCCAAGUACACCGAGCACCGCUUCGUCCACAGGAGGUCUGCGGACGCGGCGGGCCGGCUGCAGGCGCUGUCGGAGGCUGUGCGGACCCAGAACAUCCUGUCCCUCCUGGAGGUCUACGCCGAGGGCGUGGAGCUCAGCGACAUCAUCCCACAAGCCAACGAACACGAGCCGGAAGAGACGGCCCUCCACCUCGCGGUCCGGAUGGUGGACAGGAACUCGCUCCACAUCGUAGACUUCCUGGCACAGAACUGUUCUAACCUGGAUAAGCAGACGACCAAAGGGAGUACAGCUCUCCAUUACUGCUGUCUGACUGACAACAGUGAAUGUCUCAAGCUGCUGCUGAGAGGGAAAGCUUCGGCCAGCAUCACCAAUGAGGCGGGGGAGACGGCGCUGGACAUCGCCCAGCGGUUGGGCCACAGUGGGUGUGAGGAGCUGCUGUCUCAGGCCCAGACGGGGAAGUUCAAUGUCCACGUGCAUGUGGAGUAUGAAUGGCGGCUCCAGAAUCAGGACCUAGAUGAGAGCGACGACGAGAUGGAGGACAAGCCCAUCCCCCAGAAGAGGGAGGAGCGCCCGGUCAGCUGCUUCCUCCCCGGCCUCCACUCCUCCCCCUCCUCCUUCCCCCUGAAGCCCGCCCUGGGCAUCCUGGCCCGGGACGUGGCCCUGAUGGCGCGGGACAAGCAGCGCGCCAACGUGGCCAGCAUGAUGAUCUCCAACGAGACCUACGGCACCACGCUGGACCUCAACGCCCUGGGCUACGGACACAACGCCCCCCCACCGCCGCCCGCCAGGGGGCCGGCCAAAGGUGUGGGAGGCAACAAGCUCGUCUCCGUGGAGACAGCGGGGAGGCAGCGGUCCUCCUCAGACCCGCCCUUGGUCCACCCCCAGGACAGGAGCAGUAUGGUGUAUGAGCCCCCUCCUCCCCCUCUCCCAGGGACCAGGAGGACCAGCAUCGACGCCAAGUCCAUCAGGAACACCCCCCUGCCUCCCCUUCCUACCCUCCCUCCCCUCCCUCCCCACCCGCCGCCCCCUCCCCCCCACAGACCCGGCAUCCGGCCCCCACCCGUACCCGGCCACCAGACUACCAGCGGCCGGUCCCAGACAGAGCCCGCCUCCCCCAAGGCCCUCACCAGAAAGACUGUUUCACCCCCACGUAGACCCCCGCUCAGGGCUGGGUCGAUAGCCAGAGAAGGCCAGCCCAUGUCCCCUCAGGGUUCGAAUCCACCGGCACCCAAACCCCGGAGCACCCUCCCUAAACAGAAGCAGAAGAGGGUGAAGGCUAUCUACAACUGCGUGGCCGACAACCCAGACGAGCUGACCUUCGAUGAGGGAGAGGUUAUUGUCGUAGAACGGGAGGAGGACGCCGAGUGGUGGGUUGGACACAUCGAAGCAGAUCCAGGCCGUCAAGGGGUGUUUCCACUGACGUUCGUCCACUUCAUCACAGACUAAUCCACUCCACCACGUGCUCAAUGGGACCUUCCUUUUUUUUAACCCACCAUGUUGUAUAUUUUCUUGUUAGCACAUUGUUAUUUUGUUUUUUUCAAUAAAAGCCAUAUGUAAAGCUUUACUCUUGAUGGUAGAUGUUUCCGAAGAUGUUCAUACCAAGUCGUCUCCUACAUUUCUUUGCAUUAUCUGUUUAACUGUAACAAUGUUAAUGCUGUACAGAGGGUACGACAAAAGCCACCUUCAUGGGUGAGAGAAACGUCAUGUUUUGGAUGUUAUUGCUGCAAAAAUAAAUAAACCAAAAUCAAAACAGCAUAAC